AUGUCUUGUGACAUAACGAACUACAAAUGCUCCGAUAAGGGGCUCAUCUUGCCCCUUACGAACGAGUACACAUGGGCUAUCGGUUUCAGGGCCUUUAUAUACGUGGUAGGAUUGCUUUAUAGUUUCAUGGGUGUGUCAAUCAUAGCUGACAUCUUCAUGCAGGCUAUCGAUACUAUUACCAGCCGCAGUACCAAAUUAAAGAUGCCUGACCCCUCCAAUGAGUCCGGCUAUACCGAAGUGGAGGUAAAGACUUGGAACGGAACCGUGUCGAACCUCACUCUUAUGGCACUUGGCUCUAGUGCUCCAGAAAUUCUGUUGUCCAUCAUUGAAAUAGUUGGAAAUGGGUUCCAAUCGGGGCCAUUGGGUCCUAGUACCAUUGUCGGUUCUGCUGCCUUCAAUUUGAUGUGUAUCACUGGGGUUUGCAUCAUCAGCAUCCCUGAUGGUCUUUCUAAACGCAUUAAGAGCAUCAAGGUGUUCGCUGUAACGUCAAUAUUCAGUGUAUUUGCCUAUAUUUGGCUUGCCAUAAUUCUGUUGGUUAUAACACCCGAUUUCAUCGAUUUUUGGGAAGCUAUCGUGACUUUGCUCCUCUUCCCCAUCAUGGUCAUCCUAGCAUAUAUCGCCGACAAGGACUAUUGUGGCAAAAGACCAAUAGACGAUGAAAGCAAGCUGCUUGAAAUGGAUAACAGUGGAGGACGACUUCGUCUGAAAUGCGCUGAUGACAAUCUACUUAACGGAGACCAUGCUGAUAAACAGGUCAUCGUCGAAAUUCUCAGGAGGUUGAAGAAAGAGGACGCGUCUCCAGAUGAGAUGGCCCGACUUACGGCACAUCUGAUGGAGCAGAACCAGUCCCAUGGCCGCGGCUGGUACAGGAUCAAUGCUAUCAGGAAUCUCUCUGGAGGAACAAAACUCACAACUCCAAUGACCAACAAAACCAGCGAGCUGCUAGAGGCCUUGUUGAUUGAAGAUCAGAUGGGCUCAACACCAUCCUUUACAUCCUUGAGUGAUGGUGGUUCAAAGGCUAUCGUCGAGUUUGCAGCGCCGUCAACAGCAGUUUUCGAAAAAGAUGGUCAUGCACGAAUUACUGUUAUGCGACAUGGCAACCUUAAUAAACGUGUUUUGUACAGGGUGGAGACAAUAGACGGAACAGCUGUGGAGGGAGAGGAUUACAUUUCCUAUAAGGAGACUCUGGUGUUUGAACCCAACGAAACAGAAAAACACAUCGAUAUCCAGAUUAUCGACGACAACAUUUGGGAACCUGAUGAGGUUUUCUUUGGCAGAAUAACACUUGAUUCUGAGAAAGAGCCGGCAGUAGUUGGCCGAAGGGCGAUAACUCAGAUUGUUAUACUUAAUGACGAUGACCCCGGGGUAUUGGAGUUCGAACACCCUAGUUUCCUAUUCAAGGAGAGUGUAGGGACAGCGCUUAUUCCAGUGAACAGGAUAGACGGAGCUGACGGUAAAAUUACAGUUGAAUGGAAAACCAAGGACAUGACCGCCAUUCACAGUAGAGACUACGAAAAUUCCGAAGGAACGCUCACAUUUGAUCACGGCGAGAGGACAAAGUUCAUCGAAAUUAUGAUCAACGACGACAAGGAAUUUGAAAAAGACGAAAAUUUUGAAAUCAGCCUGAUAAAAACAACUGGUGGAGCUAAACUUGGAAAACUGAAGAGGACUGUUGUCACUAUUGUCAACGACGACGAAUUCAGUGGUCUUGUAAGUCGAAUCACCAGUCUAACGAAUGCCAACUUGGACUCGCUCCGCCUGCAGAAACAAACGUGGGGACAGCAGUUUGUAGAAGCUAUGAAUGUCAAUGGAGGAGAUUUGGAAACCGCAACGACAUUUGACUAUGUUAUGCACUUUUUAACCUUUGGAUGGAAGCUUAUCUUUGCCUGUGUCCCACCGGCCACUAUAUGGGGAGGAUGGUUUUGUUUUGUUGUGUCUUUGAUUAUGAUCGGAAUUCUCACAGCUUUCAUCGGAGAUCUGGCCACAAUUUUCGGUUGCCUCAUUGGCCUGGAUGAUAGCGUCGUAGCCAUUACUUUCGUUGCCUUAGGAACCAGUCUACCAGACCUGUUUGCCAGUCGGACAGCAGCGCUAAAUGAAAAAUAUGCUGACACGGCAGUUGGAAACGUCACAGGAAGCAACGCUGUUAACGUUUUUCUAGGUCUCGGUUUGCCAUGGUCAAUGGCGGCUAUCUACUGGGGAUCUAAGGGGACAACGUUUGAGGUACCUGCUGGAGCACUGGGGUUCAGUGUAGUUGUGUUUACUAUCUGUUCCCUGAUAACGAUCAUGUUCCUACUACUCAGACGCAACGUGACAGUGUUUGGAAAAGGAGAGCUUGGAGGACCCAAAGUUCCCAAAAUAAUAUCGGGCUCAUUUUGCAUUUUUGUGUGGAUACUAUAUGUACUGUUGGCUUCGUUAAAUUCAUACGAAUACAUUCCAGGAUUUUAGGCGUAACAAAUAGAGAAAUAAGAUAA